AGGUCCACGUCAUAACUAUCCGGUAUUGUUCAGAUUAUAAAAGGACCACAUAGACUUGCUCGCCUGCAAAGCGCGUUGAUUUUCCGGUUGGCGCCGAACGCUGACACACGAACUAUUUCUGUCUUGAUUAUACCGUUUCUUGUACGCCUUGCAGUCGGUGGCUUCUAUUCUGCCUCUAUUCCUUUGGCAAAUGACGAGGUUGUUGUAAAUAUUUAUAAAGAGACAGAGAAACCAUGAUCUUCCUGACACUAGCGUUUCUACCGUUUAUAAUAGACUUUGCUGCUGCGGGUAGUGCUGGAAUCAUUACGAUUCCUCCGGAAAAUUAUGACGUUACUUGGCAAAGUUUAUUGAAUUUUUUAAAUACCAGCCAAUUCGUUUGGCUGAAGCAAAGAAGUAGACCGAGCACUGGAAAUAUUGAGUGUGUGCGAUGGAGCAAGACGUACCUUAAUAACACUGAUUACUUCUACGAAAAAUGGUACCGCGAAGGUCCUGCAAGGAAAACAUUACGUGGACAACAUGCGAAGCUGAUGAACCAUACCAAUAAACCUGCAAUGAUCUUGAACACUCCAAAAAAAGAUGGUCAAGGCCAACUGUACAUUAUGUACUAUUGGGAUUACAAUGAACACUGCGCCUUGUUUAGGACCCCAGUCACCGGGACCGAGAAUCACAAAUGGACACAGUAUGUCUGGAACAGUCGCGUUGGAAAUUCGCCUGUAUGUGACAAUGCCUUCGAGAAAGUUGAAUAUAGCAGUUACUGGAUUUACAAAAGUGACUGCUUAUCAAAGCGGUAGACGUUUCUGUCAGUCUAUGUGAGUGUUCAUUUCAACGCAUGAAAGAAAUAAACCAGAUUCGGUGGAUAAUGCUGCGAAAUCUACUGAAAUCAAUACUGAGUAGAAUAAAUGUAGAAGAAGGUCUUCAAAUCGAGACUCCCAC